AUGAUCUUGACAGAUGCCAGGGGGAAGGCCAAGGCCAAAGCCAAAGCCAAGGCAGCCGUAAAGGCCAAAGCGAAAGCAAAGGCCAAGGCGAAGGCUUCUGCUCCACCGAAGGCGAUGAAGGUGAAGGCUUCAGAGCCGGAGGAGACCGAGCCUGCCGAGCCAGCUGACGAGCCUGAAGAGGAGGCCCAAGGCAAGAAGAAAGAGAAGAAGGAACCCAAAGAGGGCAAGAUGGGAGCUUUCCUGAAGAAAAUCUUGGAUGAAGCAAAAGGCAAAUCCUUCGAGGAAGCAGGGAAACCCGGGAAACCCGGGAAACCCAACAGUUCUUCCGGCAUUGUAAAUAGGAUAUCACUAUUUGAUUACUAUUUGGUUGGGGGGUGACAGGGGGAAAUCACCAUUGAGUUUGGGUGGAUCCUUGCCACAUGUUGGCUACUCAUUUGUGGAUUUGUGGUGGGAUUCUUGUAGAAGCCUGCGACGACCGUACCAAAACAAUGAGGCGGAAACUCAAA